UUGGGGCUUGGGCACUUUCGAUUUUAUUACCACACAAGCCUUUCAAAUGCGUAUUUAUCUCACCCCCAAGGAUGUGGGGCUAAAAAGUCAAAAAAGCCCAGGCAGAAUAUAGCAUGUCUAGACAACCUCCUACGGUUUAAAACAUAUGUUAUUUCUAAUCAGCGCAAAUACUAACGGUCCCCCCACCCCGGGAUAUAAAUUUACAACGGACACCCCCAAGCGGUGCUAUGAAGCAUAAAUGCAAUACCGGCAGACAGAAUAUGUCGAGACACCCGCCUGUGGUUUUUGGGUCUCUAGACUUUCGUGGGUACUUUAUAUGACCAUUUUUGCAUACAGGAUGUGGCCCGAAAAAACGGCACCCCCGCUCUGUAAACUCAUUGCGGAAUAUUUCUCGUUCUCGGAGCGAGGCUCGGGAAACAGAUACUAGCCAUUCUGUACGACCGGCUAAAGCGCAACUCCAGACAUCAGGCCAAUGGCCCCGAAGAGUUAUCAGCCCAGAACAGCUAAAAGAUCAUCUGUGAAUCCAUCCUAAUGGAGCUUUCUGAAGGAUCUCAGUCCUUUACACAGCUGCUCCGGGGAAUAGAUGAUUGGGAACAGCCUUCGUUAGAGGGGGUUUCAGUGGAGCAAAACGUGUGCAGCCAGUCCCCAUCACACUAUUGUCGACCUGACAGACCACAAAAAAGGAUCACAGAUGCUUCAUGUACUCUGAACGAUGACAUAGAUGCUAUUCUCCCGUUCUGUAUGAACGGCUUUACCCUAACUCCCCCAGGAACCAAGCUCCAUAUUUCAGACCAAAACAAGCAACGCACAACUUGUGCGCAAGUGCAUUGCGCAGAAUCACCCCGGCCCGAAAAGUUACUGCUUCAAGAAACGGCGCUACAUGGACAAGACUCCAACGAGACAUGCCCGGCAGAAUCAGGAAGGCCUGGUGAAAAAAGUCUAGAGCCCAAGGUUUAUGGAUUCGUCAGAACAGCCCAUGUCAAAAAAGCCGAGACUCCUCUCCGGCGUAUAACGGCACAGAAGACCAUACACCCCGAGAGCACGCGGAGGAUUUCGGCGCGCCGGACAUUCCCAAUAAAACAACGAAACCGGAUGAUUUCACCGUUUUAAAUGACAUUCCCGAGGUAGACGACUUGCUCCUCUGCGAAUUGGCCAACCUUCUUGAUUCCUCCAAUUCUUAUGUAGAAACACCCAAACCUGAAAUAGAACAAGCUAGGUUUAUUACUGCCUUUUCCAGGGCUCUAAGAUCCAGAAAGGUUUUCUACACAAACGAAUGGUGGAUUUACUCGAGCGGCAAUACAGUCAGGAUCUAUCCUUCUGGCGUAGAACAAUGCCCCGUUUGUUGAGCAACAAACCGUUUAAAAAACGCAAAUACAGGCGCUAAAAAACCUAUAUGUAACAUGGAUCUUUCCAGAAUACCACAAGAACACACAUCAAUAGUUACCCAAAUGGACGAGCCAACAGACAUAAUUGAAACAGUUGAAAGCCUAUUGGCCCAAAUACCGCCCGAUCUCCAAGCGUUAAUUGAACGGAUGGACGAGGCAGGGGUAACGGACAUAAUUCUGAUAGAUGAAAAGCUGUUAUCCCAGAUUCCCGCCGACCUGAUCGAAAUAAUGAAACAUAUGAACGAGUCCCUGAACGACCGAUGAAAACCAAUUAUCCCACAUCCCGGCCGCCAUAGUUUGUUUAAUUAACCAUAUGAACGAGAGCAUAAGAUCUUCUACACCGGAACCCACACAGACCCCGCCAUUAACGCCCAUGUCCGAAGAGUCUGAAAGGCAAUACGAUGUUUUUGAGGAAUUGGAAAAUUGUCUAAUAAAUCAUGAGGGAGAUGGUCUUGAUAGAAGUGUCAGGGUUGUGUACAGAAAUAAAUUCAGCAAUACAGAGAUUAGACAAUUUUUCAAUUUCACAUGUCACUCGUGCUGUUAUAACUGUUCCGUAUGUCUGGAUGAAAAUUGUCCGAUGCAGCCCUUAAACCUGACACCCUGUGAGGAUUGUCACAGGACAUGUCGUUCGGCCUACUGUUACGAAAAACACAAAAUUGAAACAUGGCACCCCAAGGCCUGUAAAUCUGUAAGCAGUUGUGACAUUAACAAGAAAUGUCCAAAAUGCCAUUGCAAUUACAACCUUAAAAUAGACAGCCCUAAACCUCGUGUGUGGAAUCAUACAUUGCCCAAUCUGUAAACGGCCUUUGAAAAGCAGAGACUCUGAAGUGGUUCAAGAAGUGCCACACGAGUGUUAUAUUCAAUCUUUGGCUGAAGAUGAACAUUCAGAGAAAUACGUUUUUUAUGAUUUUGAGUCUAAUCCACAAUCAGGGGUUCAUUUGCCUAUUUUUGUAUCUCACCCUGACUUUCAAGGGUGAUAAGUGGUCAGCAGAGGGACCCAAUUGUGCACUCCUCUUUCUAAAACACUUCAGAAAACCCCAGUACAGAAACUUCACGUUUAUAGCGCACAAUUCUAGAGCAUAUGAUUCAUACCUUCUUUUGCACCCUCUGAUACAGCAAGGCGUUGCACCCAGUGUCAUAGCUCAAGGUAGUAAAAUCUUGUGUUUUGUAGACCCCGCUUUCAACCAAAGAUACAUUGACAGUUUAAGCUUCUUACCCAUGAGAUUGGCUCAAAUGCCUGAGGCCUUGGGUUUUGAGAACUCUGUGAAAGGUUUUUUCCCCCAUUUUUUUACAUCUGAGGGGAAUCUACAUUAUAUUGGCUCUUAUCCGAGACCCGAAAUGUACGGGUGUGAUCAAAUGUCUCCCAAAGAGCGAGAGAGAUUCAUGACAUGGUACGAGACAGUAUGUCACAGCACUUUUGAUUUCCACAAAGAGAUGGAGUCAUACUGUGACAACGAUGUAGUUAUACUUCGUGAAGGAUGCCUCAGAUUCAGAGAAGAGGUAAUCAAAGAUGCAGGCAUUGACCCCUGGAGUUGUACAACUAUUGCAUCGGCAUGCAUGAAAACCUAUCGUACACACUUUCUACCUACAGCAUCUAUAGCUAUCCCCUCGCCUGACAACUACCGAUGCCAAUUCAAGUCAUACUCUAGUGGCUCCAUUCAGUGGUUGGAGUACUUGACCCAGGAUAAAGACAUUUUUAUUCAACAUGCUUUGAAUAGGGGUGAGAAGGCAUUUGGGGCUUAUCAUGUAGAUGGAUACACACAGAUUGACGGUGUUGAGACCGUGUUUUGAGUACAACGGUUGUUUCUUCCACGGUUGUAAAUCUUGCUUUGAGCCACAGGCCAUGUGUGUCCUAACCCAAAAUACUUUUGGGGAAAUGUACCAAGAGUUUCAAGACAAAUUGGAAUCUUUACAGGCUACUUAAGGUUUGAAAGUGAAUGUUAUGUGGGAGCAUGAGUGGACCGCACCUCAAAAAGUCUGAUCCUCAUGUUCGAGCUUUCCUUUCCAGCUUUGACACACCAGAACCCUUGGAACCACGACAGGCCUUGUAUGGAGGCCGUACCAAUGCUUUGACCUUGCGGUAUGUAGCGCAACCAGACGAGACAAUAGGAUAUGUAGAUUUUACAUCUCUUUAUCCUUAUGUAAUGAGUUCCUCAUGCUAUCCUAUGGGGCAUCCUGAAAUGAUUCACAGCGACUUUGACUUACCCCAAAACUAUUUUGGUCUGAUCAAAGCAACUGUCUACCCUCCUAGGGGUUUGUUUAUACCAGUGUUGCCUUACAAGGGACCUCAAGGAAAACUUUUCUUUCCCCUAUGUCGCACCUGCAGUGAAAACAACAACCAGGAAAAGCCUUGUGAUCACUCAGAUCAGGAAAGAGCCCUGACAGGUGUAUGGGUCACAGUUGAAUUCUCUAAGGCUCUAGAGAUGGGGUAUCGUGUGGCCAAAAUCUUUGAAGUGUGGAACUUUUCCAGGAAAUCAGACACUCAUUUUAAAGAGUACAUCAAGACCUUCUUGAGAUGCAAGCAAAUGGCUUCAGGCUAUCCGGCAUCGGUCACAGAUCAAGAGAGCAAAGACAAGUAAAUUCAAGACUAUCAUGACAGAGAAGGCAUACUUCUUGACCCUGACAGAAUAGAGGUCAACAAGACCAAACGAAAUGUGUCAAAAUUGUACUUAAACUCGCUUUGGGGGAAGCUUUCGCAAAGAUGCAAUAUGCUAACAACGUCGAUCAUUAAAGACCCCGAAGAAUUUUUGGAAUUUGUUUUUUCGGACCAAUACGAAAUUUCACAUUUUUCAUUCUUGAGUCAAGACAUUUCCGUGGUGCAAUGGAGACGUAACAAGAAGUGCGUUCUACCCCCGGGUAAUGUAAAUGUGUUUCUUGCAGCAUUUACCACGGCCUAUGGCCGACUUGAACUGUACGCCCUCAUGGAGCAGCUUCAGAGGAGGGUUCUUUACCAUGACACAGACUCUGUGGUCUAUGUAAGCAAACAGGGUGACUGGAGCCCCCCACUUAGCAACUAUCUGGGUGGUUUAACGAGUGAACUCAAAGAUGGUGACCAUAUCACAGAAUGGUCCUCCUGUGGGCCCAAAAGCUAUGCUUUUAGGACUAAAGACAAUCAUGUGGUGUUGAAAGCCAAAGGAGUGACUCAAAACUACGAAAAUGCCCCGCGUAUAAACUUGGAAUCAAUCACACGCUUGGUCGAGGGGUUCAUAAACAAUCGGAAUAGUGACUUGGAGAUUUUGAGCUCCUACAAAAAAUUGUUAGGGAUAAAAAGGGCUUCCAUCUCAGGAAUGCCCCACUUACUAAAAGAUUCAGGGUAGUCUAUGACAAGAGACUGCUUUUACUUAACGGGACCACAUUUCCCUUUGGCUACUGACUUACGCUACAAGCCCCAGUGUGUCUUAAAGCUUAAGAUAUAAUGGCUGCUGUAGAAGGUUUUGACCCCCGGUUGCAACUACCAUUUUCGGCCUUAAUCGCAGGCCCCUCCAACCGUGGUAAAACUUGUUUUGUAAAAAGUAUUUUAGAGAAUUCUGAACAUGUGUUAUCUCAGAAGCCUGACAAUAUUGUGUGGUGUUAUUCGUGUUAUCAACCUUUGUAUGAUGAAUUGUUGAAGAAAAUAAAAAUCAAGUUUGUUGAAGGAA